UACAGGACACAGAGCACCUUGCAGGGAAAAAAAAGGCUCUUCAAAUCAGAAACUACUAAGUUUUCCAAAGGGAAAAAAAAUGGGAACCAAGGACAAAGUUAUUAAAUGCAAAGCAGCCAUCGCCUGGGAAGCAGGAAAGCCCCUUUCCAUUGAAGAGGUUGAGGUAGCUCCUCCUAGGGCUCAUGAAGUUCGAAUUCAGAUAAUUGCUGCUGGCCUAUGUCGUUCUGAUACCCAUGUGAUUAGUCCCACAUUUGAAGGGGCUUUUCUUCCAGUUAUCCUGGGCCAUGAAGGUGCAGGAAUUGUUGAAAGUGUUGGGCCAGGAGUGACCAACGUCAAACCAGGAGACAAAGUGAUUCCACUUUAUAUACCUUACUGUGGAAAAUGCAAGUUCUGCCUGAGUCCACUCACAAACUUCUGUGAAAAAUUCUGUAAAGGUAAAAAUCCUUUAAUCGAACAAGAACUAAUGGAAGACAAAACCAGCAGGUUUACCUGCAAAGGAAAAUCAAUUUACCAUUUCUUUGGAGUCAGUGCCUUCUCUCAGUACACUGUAGUAAAAGAUGUUAAUGUUGCCAAAAUAGAUGAUGAUGCAAAUCUAGAAAGAGUUUGUCUGAUUGGAUGUGGUUUUUCUACUGGCUACGGAGCUGCAAUCAACACUGCCAAGGUCACCCCUGGGUCUACCUGUGCUGUCUUUGGCUUAGGAGGUGUGGGUCUUUCUGCUAUAAUAGGUUGUAAAACAGCAGGAGCUUCCAGAAUCAUAGCCAUUGAUAUCAACAGUGACAAAUUUGCAAAAGCCAAAGCCCUGGGAGCCACUGACUGCCUCAAUCCUAAAGAACUGAAUAAGCCUGUCCAGGAUGUCAUUGUUGAAAUGACCAAUGGAGGUGUGGAUUUUGCUAUUGACUGUGCGGGUGGAUCAGAAGUCAUGAAAGCAGCACUGGAAAGCACAACAGUAGGCUGGGGAUGCUACACUUCUGUUGGAGUCGAUUUAGCUGACAAAGGAUUGACUCUUUCUCCAAUGGAACUAAUAAUGGGCCGUACUUUGAAAGGAACAAACUUUGGUGGUUGGGAUGCACAAACUGUCCCAAAGCUGGUAUCUGACUACAAGAAUGGGAAAUUCAAUCUAGAUACACUGGUGACCCAUACUCUGCCAUUUGACAAAAUCAAUGAGGCACUGGAUUUACUGAAGCAAGGGAAAAGCAUACGAACGGUCCUGAUCUUUUGAAGAUGCCAAGAGCAAUUUGGAACACCAUAUGACUGAAUAUGAAGCC